UCCCUUGACAAAGAGACAUUACAAAAGAAAGACGGGAAAGGCGUGCUUUGAGGCAGCAGGAUCAGCAGCAGUGGGAGAAACAUUAGGGCAUACGCUAAGACAGACAAACUAACUUCUCAUAGCUUCUUCAGAAUUAGCCCACAUCUUAGAGGGAGGAAUUGUGCGGCUGCUUUUGCACCUCAGGGCAUUUUUAAACGGACAAACCACAGUAGGAUCUGGAGAUCCGGGGACUGACAGAAGGGAAGUUUAACAUAUUGUUACCACUGAAAUCAGCAGCCUUUUUUCAGGAGGUGGGAUAAUAAAAACGAAACACAGAGCAAUUUGUUGAUCAUAGCUAAAAUAUCUCAUAGGCCUUUAAUCCAUUCUGACAUAAGAGAGUGUGUUGAUAAAGAGUCCUCAAGGGAAUCUUGACUUUUCAGCUUCUGACAUCUAGUAGCCUCGUUAUUUAACUGGACACCUCAGGUUCUGCAUCAAAGCCUCUGCAGUGAUAGGUGCAUGUUUUAAAGCCUCUUUAACCUUCCACAUUUGGCUCUUGGGCGUCUGGGUUGCUGUCACAGGUUACGUCUGGCUUAGACACACACACACACACACACACACACACACACACACACACACAUACACACACUUUACUGUGCAGCUGGAAGAUCAAGAGUUUGUGUUGCACAUGCCUGGACUGAGAAGACGGAGUGUGUGUGGUCUGAGGGACUCAGCUGGUCUGGGAAACUGAGAGGCAGCCAGCUCUAAGAGCUUUCUGCCAGAAGGAAAAGGAAACAAGUUCAUACUGCUGAGUGCUUCUCAGAGACUGCGAGCAGAGCCAAGGAAUAAUGAUGAAGAUGAAACAGACUCUUUGCAGAAUCUCCUACUUGGUGACUUUGGUGGUGGAGCUGAGCUGGAUAAAUGUGGGUCACAGCAUAUACAGAGAGGGCGGAAGUAGGGUGAUGAAGCAGUGGGAGAGGAAGGUGCGGUCAGCCUCCAGCCUGGAUGAGCUGCUGCGGCUCGCAGACUUUCCUGAUUGGAAGUUGUGGAAGUGUCGUCUGAGACUGCAGCAGCCAGAGACCCUCUCUUCUCCACCUUCAGUGGGCUCACACCGCUCUACACGCUACGCUGCUGAAUCUUACAGCCUGGAGAUACUUAAAGCCAUAGAUGAAGAGUGGCAGAGGACUCAGUGCAUGCCAAGGGAAACGUGUGUCGACGUGGCCAAGGAGCUGGGCACCGACCCCUCAAUGUUCUUCAAACCACCUUGUGUGUCCGUCCACAGGUGCAGUGGCUGCUGCAAUCAAGAGGGUGUCACCUGCAGAAACUCAACUAAUGUUUAUGUGAAUAAAACAGUCCUUAGUGUCAUUCCAUUCAAGUUUGUGCCCGAGCCUGUGCUAAUAAAAGUAGCUAAUCAUACAGAGUGCAGGUGCAUGGAGCCUGCCAUAAUACGACGUAAUGCUCAACCUCACAGGAGCAGUGGCUGCUCUCCGAUGGGCCAGCUGUCAGAGGCAGAGGACUCCAGGAGACUUUGUGCCAGUGGGUUGAUCUGGGAUUGUUCAACUGACGGAUGCAUACCUUACCCUUCCAGUACACCAGAUGUUCCACUCAGUUCAUGGAUGCCCGACUGUGAGAUAGACGUGGAGCGCUGUGACUGUCUUCCUCGACCUGAACCGACUCUGCAGCCAGGACCGUUCCAACGCUGUAAGCUCAACUACUCCAUCUGUGCCAACAAGCUUCAACGUUUCGAUCAAGCCUCCUGCAGAUGCAAAUGGCCUAAGUAAAAGUCCACCGGGGAAAUAUAUUACGACAACCUGCUCGCCAAUGAUGUUUGGAGGCAGAGAAAAAAGGCUCAUAAUUUAUUUACUGUCCUAUUUAUGCUGAUCACUUUAAAUAAUUAAGAAGAUAUUAACUCACAUGACAAUGUUAAUUGAUUUUUUAACAUGCUUACCUUUUGUUUCAAUCAAUGUGUAAAGCUAAUGAUUUGUACUUUUGUUCUUUGUGCACUGAAUAUGUAGUUUAUAUUAAAAGAUUAUUUUUGUAAUUUGGA